GUUCAGCCCUACCGUAAGAUUCGGCCCACUUUCGGAGCAAAUUUCAGGUAGAGGGUCUACUAUUACAUCAUUACGAGAGCCAGGUACCCCCAGUCCGGUAGGACGCUGCCUUUAAGGGAAACUGAUCAAAACUGAUUAUGGCGAAAUAUGCCGAGGCCGGUGCGAAGGAGCCUGAGAUACGUAUCAAAAAAGCCAAGAUCGAAAUCGAUGGCUUAGGAACUUUUGACGAUUGUUCUAUCGUUAAGACUAAAGUGGGAUUCUCACGAUUGGAUGGUGCACCAUUUGAGGAAUUGUUAGAUUUCAAACUCCAGAAGGAGUACAAAGAGGGGACUAUGCAUAUCGGAGAGAUACAACUUCCUGGUUUGGAGAAUAAGGAAAAUCAAGCGCCCGGUCCUUCUUAUUCUGAAGCUGCAAAUUGCAUUCACGCCUGACCACAAGUAAUAGUUGCAUUCGCCAAUACGAUGGACAGGAAGUCGAGCAACAGCAUAGAAAUGCAUCAUACAAUCCGUUCU